UGCUUUAUGAAACAGAGGGACUGGCUUUCUGACUGUACAGAAAAUUCCUUUAGUGCACUCUGGCACUGGGAACAGGAACAGCUUUCCUGUCAUUCAGGAUACACACUCACACAGUAUUCCGGACAUCAAGCCUCUGGGAUCUCGCUGUGGGAAACUUUGAGGGGGAGUGUUCAAAGGUGGAGCAGAAGUCUGAGCUUGUGGAGCCGGACACAAGUAUAAGAACAGAAGUGGACGUUUGAUGGUUCCACAAUGGAGCGGAUUUGAUCACGACACAAUCCACGAGGACCUAAGUAGAUGUGAGCAUGUGCAAGAGGACUCUUAAGUGCAGUUUGCGAUAAACAGCGUUGCACUCCACGAGAACUUUGCCGGGUGUUUAUCUGCACUGAUACCAGAUCCAAGAGGACUUGCUUCCAGCGCCGCAGUGCUGAGAUAUCUUGUUGUUGGUGGGCUCCAGAGUGGAAACUAGCACCAUGGCCGGGGUCACCAGGAAGGGUUCUGGGAGACCCUCGUACUACUACAGAUUCUUGGGCAAAUCCCGACUGCAGCGUCAGCGAAGCCGGUCCCGCAGCCGCACCAGGCCGUCUGCCAGCAGGGAGUCUCCUCCAGAGAGGACAGGACGCCGACGCAGCAUGCCAGGCAGCUCCUCGGACAAGACCACACCCACCAUGGAGGCUACGUCCACUGCUGCUACACCUUUCCGAGUCACCGUGAGUACUGGCUUUCUCAGUCGGCGGCUGAAGGGCUCUAUAAAACGCACCAAGAGUCAACCCAAACUUGACCGCAACUCCAGCUUCAGGCACAUCCUGCCCGGCUUCAGGAGCGUUGACAAUGACAGAUCUCAUCUGAUGCCAAGGCUGAAGGAGUCUCGCUCCCAUGAAUCAUUGCUCAGCCCCAGUAGUGCUGUGGAAGCCUUGGACCUAAGUAUGGAGGACGAGGUUGUCAUCAAGCCUGUUCACAGCAGCAUCCUCGGGCAGGACUACUGCUUUGAGGUCACCACCUCCACGGGAAGCAAAUGUUUUUCCUGUCGUUCAUCAGCCGAGAGAGACAAAUGGAUGGAGAAUCUGAGGAGAGCAGUACAGCCCAACAAGGACAACAGUCGUCGGGUGGAGAACAUGCUGAAGUUGUGGAUCAUCGAGGCCAAGGACCUGCCAGCCAAAAAGAAAUACUUCUGUGAGCUUUGCCUGGAUGACUCACUCUACGCCCGCACCACCUGCAAACUCAAGACUGACAACGUUUUCUGGGGAGAGCACUUUGAGUUCAACAACCUGCCUCCUGUCAAGAGCAUCACAGCCCACCUCUACAAAGACACAGACAAGAAGAAAAAGAAAGAUAAAAACAAUUACAUUGGACUUGUCAAUAUCCCCGUCGCUGCCGUUACCGGACGACAGUUUGUGGAGAAGUGGUAUCCAGUCAGCACGCCCAACCCCCCCAAGGGCAAGACGUCUGGGCCCAUGAUCAGGAUCAAAGCACGCUAUCAGAGUAUGAACAUCCUACCCAUGGAGAUGUACAAGGAGUUUGCAGAGUACACCACCAAUAACUACAUGCUGCUAUGCUCGGUGCUUGAGCCCGGGAUUAGCGUCAAGAACAAGGAGGAGAUGGCGUGUGCACUGGUCCACAUUCUGCAGAGCACUGGCAAGGCCAAGGACUUCCUCACAGACUUGAUGAUGUCCGAGGUGGACCGCUGUGGGGAGAACGAGCACCUCAUCUUCAGAGAGAACACACUAGCCACAAAGGCCAUAGAGGAAUACCUCAAACUGGUGGGACAGAAGUACCUGCAGGACGCCCUCGGUGAGUUCAUCAAAGCUCUGUACGAGUCAGAUGAGAACUGUGAGGUGGAUCCGUCCAAGUGUUCGUCGGGUGACCUGCCAGAACACCAGAGUAACCUGAAGAUGUGCUGCGAGCUGGCCUUCUGCAAAAUCAUCAACUCAUACUGCGUCUUUCCACGAGAACUGAAGGAGGUCUUCGCGUCCUGGCGGCAGGAAUGCAGCAACCGGGGUCGACCGGACAUCAGCGAGCGUUUAAUCAGCGCGUCCUUGUUCCUGCGGUUUCUCUGUCCAGCCAUCAUGUCCCCGUCACUUUUCAACUUGAUGCAGGAGUAUCCCGAUGACCGCACAGCACGUACGCUCACGCUCAUCGCUAAAGUCACCCAAAACCUGGCAAACUUCACCAAAUUUGGCAACAAGGAAGAGUACAUGUCCUUCAUGAACCAGUUCCUGGAGCACGAGUGGACCAAUAUGCAGCGCUUCCUGCUUGAAAUCUCGAACCCAGAGACAAUCUCCAACACGGCAGGCUUUGAGGGGUACAUCGACCUCGGCAGGGAACUCUCCACCCUGCACUCCCUCCUCUCUGAGGUGGUGUCCCAGAUGGACCAGAGUGCAGCCUCCAAGCUGGGUCCUCUGCCCAGGAUCCUGCGGGAGGUGAACACAGCUCUGUCCAACCCGUCCAGUGUCCAGAUGACAUCCGGACAGUCCUCAGAGCAUGUGGGCUCGCCUCCCGCUGAGGCAGGCUGCAGCAUCUCCACCGGCCUGCAGAAGAUGGUCAUAGACAAUGACCUUUCAGGAUUAGUUGACUUCACCAGGUUACCCUCCCCUACCCCAGAAAAUAAGGACCUAUUUUUUGUGACAAGGAGCUCAGGGAUCCAGCCUUCCCCAGCACGGAGUUCAAGCUACUCUGAGACCAAUGAACCUGACUUGGGUAUGUCCAAUGGCAGCAAGAGUCUGUCCAUGGUUGAUCUCCAGGACCCUCGCAGUCUGGAUGGUGGCCCAGGUCCUAGCUCCUCAGAUGUCCUGAGUGAAGGUCCAGCCUCUGGUGGAGGCUGGUCUGCCAGAACCCCACAGGGCAACAUCCCUGGAGGUCCCACCCUGAGGAGGCAAGGUCAGACCCCCACCACCCUCGGCACAGAAAGCACCCCAGGCCGACCCGCCCAGCUUUUAGCCCCCCUGUCCUUCCAGAACCCAGUCUACCAGAUGGCGGCCUGCUUGCCCGUGUCCCCUCGCGGAAUGACCGACUCGGGCUCAGAGUGCCACAGCUCUGUCAGCUCCCAUAGCAACAACGAGGACGGACCAGCAGGGGGGAAACACGCCUUCUUGAACCACGGUGGAGGAGGCGGAGGUGGGGGAAGCAGCGGGGACGAGUACACCAGGCGUUCAGGGGAGUUCAACCGCCGACAGCUGUCCCUCACAGAAACACAGCACCAGCCCACCGUCCCCAGACAGAACAGCGCUGGCCCUCAGCGCAGAAUAGACCAGCCUCCGCCUCAGAGCAUCACUCGGGGCCGCACACCCCCGAAUCUGAACAGCGGACCCUACCCCCGGCCCUCCUCCGGCAACAUGAUGACAUCUUCACCCGACUGGCCUGGCAGCGGCGCCCGAUUACGACAGCAGUCCUCUUCCUCCAAAGGUGACAGCCCCGAGACGAAGCAGAGGGCUCAGCACAAACAGGCCCCCUCCCCAGUGAACCCCAGUGCGCUGGACCGCACAGCAGCCUGGCUUUUGAAUAUGAAUGUGCAGUAUUUAGACCAUGAGGGGAUGGAGCCCGAGUCACUGAGAAACAGGGAGGAUCUGACUCAGGUGGAGAAGUACCAGCAGGAGAUCGCGGUGCUGCAGGAGAAGCUGCGGGCGUCGGUGCAGAAGCUGGAGGAGUACGAGGCUCGUCUGAAGGGUCAGGACGAGCAAGCCCAGAAGGUGCUGAUGGAGUACCAGGCCAGGCUGGAGGAGUCGGAGGAGCGCCUGCGCAGACAGCAGGACGACAAGGACCUCCAGAUGAAGGGCAUCAUCAGCAGGUUAAUGUCUGUGGAAGAGGAGCUAAAGAAGGAUCACUCAGACAUGCAGGCGGUGGUCGACUCCAAACAGAAGAUCAUCGAUGCACAGGAGAAGCGCAUAGCAUCGUUGGACGCAGCCAACGCCCGUCUGAUGAGCGCUCUGACCCAGCUGAAGGAGCGCUACAGCAUGCAGACUCGCAACGGCAUCUCCCCCACCAACCCCACCAAACUGCAGAUUACUGAAAACGGAGAGUUCAGGAACAGCAGCAACUGCUAGGCAGAGCGCCACCCGCCAUCCAGAAUGAGUGUCGAGUGCCUGGGUGUGUACAGAUAUUCAGCGAGAGGACGUCUACAUGCAUGCAUGGAUGCAUGCCUGUUUGAAACGCUGCGAGGGCGUGCGUGUGUUUUUAAAAAAAGCGGACGCAGUACUUCUGGAAGACAUUUUCCACUUUUCAGACGCCGGCGUAGGAGCGAGGUCGUCACUCUGAGGGGGGCCGGCCGGAAGAGGCAGAAAGAUCACCUUCGGCAGGAGGGCGUCGGCCAGAGGAAGCGGAGCAGAGCUUGUACAUACGAGACUCAAAGCUGUCCAUCAGUCAAAAACUUUGCCAGUGGAUGUAUUUAAGAUCCUGCCACAGCCCGGGACGAACCACUAUAUAACCACACACGGCGACGGUCACCCUAGCAACCCUCCUCUGUCUCUUUUAUCCCUCUCCCUCCUGACGACCAAGUGGACCCACUUAAAAACAACAACAACGCGCGUAGAGGAUUAUCACUUUAGUUGUCUCGAGAGGAUUACUUUCUAGUGCUUUAUUUUAAAGUCAUUUAUAAAGAACCAAAUAGGAGCUAAAAAAAUGAUAUUUUUAGUCCAAAACAAUCUUCUUUACGUCCCUUUUCAGUCCUCGGGUGUGUUCCUGAGCGUCCCGCGGACCCCGCCUCCCCCCUCCAUCCCUAAUGUAGUGCACUUUGUGAAAAGCUAUUGGUACAUGAAACGCCUUAAGUAAGGAACACACCUCGACUUUAUCCCACAGCUCCCCUAUUUCUGCAAAAAAAAGGCACAACUUAUACUGUGGAUUUGUAAAGGAUACAAAAAUAAAUUGUACACACAUAAAUGUAUUAUGAACGCUAAAGUAAAUGAAUUCUAUGUGAUACUAUAUUAAUGAAAUUUAAUAUAGAUGUAUGCAUUUCUUUUUUCUUCUAUAGAGUAUACACACAUAUCUAUAUCUAUAUUUGAUAAUCUCAAAUAUAAAAGCAGCCCUUUAUUUAGGAGUGAGAUCUAGUUUUAUUUUUCUUCUCUUGCGAUGAAAGACUGUAGUGUGUAGCUUGCUUUAGAGCCCUGGAGGAGGAGACCACACGGAGCAGCGAUCGGCACCACCGCCUCAGUCACCCCUCAGAUCUCCACGGCGCUCCACCCUUUACGUACAGGCGCGCACCGCGUCCGAGAGAAACGCCAGCCCAGUACAGCUGGCGGCUGCGCCGUAGCUUUGCACAACUUGCACAGUCAAGCCAUCGCUUCUUCUUCUUCUACUUCUUCUUCUUCUUCUGGUGCUCGUCACGGCUCUUAAAGACCCAGAUGGGUUGAACCCAGAUUGAGAUUUUGGUUAGAUCUCGAGUCGCCCGUGUGGUCUUCUCACUCCAGUUGCACAAGAGCUAUUGAGAGGCGUGUUUCGACACACUCCCUCAAACUAUACACUGGACUGGUGAGCCAUUGUAGUAAUGGCCUCCGUAGUUACAACAUUUUCUCUCUAACUGCUUUGUUUGUCAGUGGUAAUGAAGUAUGCUGCAUCCAAACUGUGACUCUAUUAAUCCUAGUGGCAUCAUCUCUCUCUUCUUUUCUUACUCCACCCUCCUUCAUCCCCUCUUCUUCUGAAUGUGAAGACGCUCACUGGCAGUCGGUCUUAACGCGAGGUUUCGGUCCUUCCAGUCUCUCCCGGCAUCGCUCCCAUCGCUCCAUCCCGCCAUGGCGUUCGUGUUUUGUAUAUUUUUUGUGUUCAUAUUUCUGACCUGUAACAGGCUGUACACAUCCAAGCGCGAGGCUCUGCAUGCUUCAUCCUCGCUCUCGGGCCGAUGGUAGCCUCGGUAUCACCAUUUGUUUUCUUUUUGUUGCCAGUCGGAAGGUGAGGACGAUAAAGAUGAACGGCUCGCUGCAGACAUAUACAGUGAAUAUAUGAUAACUGAGCGUAUUGAGAGGCAGGACAGCCUGGGAAAGUGUAAAUAAAAUGCUCACACUAUUUUUACCUAAUGUUAACAGAGCUUUUUGUAAAUGUAUCUUGUGCUCAAACUCUGCUGUAUCAUUAUUGAUAUUGUAAAUACGAAAUAGCUCAGUCGGUCAUCUGUCCUCAUAUACUAUUAAAUUAACCUGUCAGUGUUCUCCCUGUUAAAGCUAUUGUUUUUGUACUUAGAGUGUAAUAUCACUAGCCAAAAAACUGAUAAAGUAGGAGUUGGACUCCUGGGAAGCGGCGGAGGACGCCUCGUUGGUCUCAGGCCAAGCCGAGUCCAGCGUCUCGAUGAGAUCCACAAGCACAAUCCUGUAUUUCUCAUCAGUCUAGCUCUAUGCACUUUUACGUUUAGUGGUUGGUGUUAAUAAUUCGCUUUUAUCUUCCUUUUCAGCACAGCACCUCUCUCAGGUGCUUUAAAAAAAAAAAAAACGCAGCAAAGUUCAAAACCGAAGAAAGGGAUUUUUGGUGUAACUCAAUCACAAACCGUUACGUCAGACAAACAGAACUUUUCAGCUUUUAACGAAACAAAUUCGACUGGAGAACCUUCCGGUUGCAAAAAAAGAUUUGGGGCUUUCCUCCUCAUCACAUCUUCCCAGAUGUUCAGUCCUAUAACACAACACUAUAACUGCAGAUACUAAAGCGAGACCACGUGGCUUCAGACAGAACAAAUAAUACUUACGUUGAAUUCAUAAACAAGAAAACGCUCUGUGGCUCAAAUCAAUACACUCAACAGGUUUUGCUGCUAACGUGCAGCCUGAACGCUACUCGGCCUGUUUUAAGAAGCAUUUGGUGGCUAAUUCUAGCUAACGUUAGCUAAUUGUAGGUGAAUUUAGCUGUAAAAUACAGAUUUUACAGCUAAAUUGAUUGACUUUGACUCCUCUCUACUUGUGCUAUAUAGCAUAGCUUUUCAGCUAAUUGGUAAACUACAGUUAACAGUAGCCAUAACAGUCAGAAAUGUUGAUGCUAAUGUUGCAGCCUGACUGUAUGUCAAGUAGCUUUUGGUCGCUAAGGUUAGCUGGAUUUUACUGUAUAAGGCUCAGUCUGAUUCAGUUCACUGUUGGACUAGCUUAGCAUUUUAGCUAAAUGCUAAAUUACAGACUCCAGUUUAGCAUUUAGCUCAAAACAGUAGUUUAGCAUUUAGCAGUGGUGGUCGUUCAGCUAAAGCUGCACAGUCUCGCUUUAAACUGCAGCGUACGAUAACAAGAGUUAACUGAUGUAAAGACGUCGCGUACGUCGCAUCAGGACAUGUUCAGGCAGGUUCAGCUAUCGGUUCAUUUAUCCCAUCCAUGUUCCCACCUCAGUUCUAACUUUAUCAGGAAACCAUGAGCUCACUCCUCACACAGUUCAGCCAGUCCGACAAAAGAUGAAUCAAAAUAUAAAGCUAUAAAUAAAGUAAAAGAUGUUGUAUGUUUUCUAUUAUCUUGUAGAAAAUACUUUUGUAAGUAUGUUGAAAGUAUAAAGUAUUUGCUGGAUUCUGCUUCCUUUGACGACAGUGACAAAACAAUAAUGUACAGAGGAAUUUGUGUUGACAACAUGUGGCUGUGCAAUUUAUGUACAUUUGCAACUAGACCUAUUAAAGUUUUAUUUAGCUAUUUUAAAAUCUCA